AUGCAGAAUUGUUGUUUGAUGAGGCAACAAACAAGCUCGAAAGUGUUCUGUCAAAGCAUUGAUGAGAAGACGAUGCAAAUCAAGAAAAUCAAAGACGAGAAAGCGAAGUCAAAGACACUGGAAGAUGAUCAUGAGAGUACACGGAAAGAUAAAGCUGAAAAGUUCGAUGAACUAUUCAGCCUUCGCAACAUGUUCCUUGCUAAGCAAGAAGAGUAUACAAAGAAGAUUAGAGGAUUGGGUCCAUUACCGUAUGGUGAUUUAAACACGUAUAAAAGAAAAAGUAUCAAGAAUCUGCAGAAGAUGCUCAUCUGGUGCAAUGAACAGCUACAAGAAUUCAGCCAUGUAAACAAGAAAGCAGUUGAUCAAUAUGUAAGUUUCACAGAACAACGAGAGCAACUUGAGAAACGGAAAGCAGAGCUUGAUGCAGGAGAUGAGAAAAUUAAAGAACUGGUAACAGUUCUUGAUCAGCGGAAAGACGAAUCUAUAGACCGUAUUUUCAAAGGUAUUGCAUUUCACUUGAACAAAGUAUUCUCUGAGAUUGUACAAGGUGGACAUGGUGAGCUUGACCGUGAUCAUGAUGAUGAAGACGAUGAAUGUCUUGAAGCUAAUACAGAGGGAAGGGAUGAGAGAUACUAUGGUGUAAAAGUGAAGGUGUCUUUUACUGGUCAAGGAGGGACAAAAUCAAUGAAACAAUUGUCAGGAGGUCAAAAGACAAUUGUUGCCCUUGCAUUAAUUUUCGCCAUCCAGCGAUGCGAUCCUGCACCGUUCUAUCUUUUUGAUGAGAUUGAUGCAGCACUUGAUCCUCGGUAUCGAACAGGUGUAAGCGACAUGAUUCGUCGUUUAGCUGAUGAUAAUACGCAGCUCAUUACCACAACUUUCCGUCCAGAGCUUGUGAGAGUUGCGGAUAAAAUAUAUGGAGUAUUUCAUGAGAACAGAAAGGAACAACGGAGGCAAAUCGUUGCGACGGAGUUCGGAGACAUAUCAGCCGUCCAGAUCGGCGAUGGAUACCAUAUUCAGUUCAUAACAAUGGAGCCAAACUCAUUCUUGCUUCCUCUUCUUCUACAUUCCGACAUGGUUCUCUUUGUUCACACUGGAAGUGGGGUUUUGAAUUGGAUUGACGAGGAAAAAGAGAGGACGUUAGAAUUAAGACGAGGAGAUGUAUUUAGGCUACGUUCCGGUAGAGUCUUCUAUUUACAUAGCAAGUUGGAGUACGCAUUUCCAGAGAAACUUAGGGUUUACGCAAUCUUUGACGCGGGGGAGUGUUUAUACGAACCAUGUCUAGGUGCCUACUCGGAUAUCAGAGACCUUUUAUUGGGCUUCAACGAGAGAACUCUCCGGACAACUUUUGCGGUUCCUGAGGAGGUUUUGGGGAAGUUAAGAGAUGCGACGAAGCCUCCGUUGAUCACAAGUGCUCUGCCGAGAAACAGAACACAUGGGUUGGAAGAGGAUACGUGGCAAUCACGGCUUGUCAAACUCAUUGUCAGAGCUGAAGAUGUGACUGAUCAUUUGGCGAUGAAACCGGUCGUUAAUAGCAAGAAGGAAUCAAGUGCGUUCAAUGUUUUUGACGCUGAUCCAGACUUUGAGAACGUCAAUGGCCAAAGCAUAGUGGUUGAUGAGAAGGAUAUGGAUGCUCUAAAGGGCUCAAGUGUAGGAGUUUUCAUGGUUAAUUUAACUAAGGGAUCAAUGAUGGGACCACACUGGAAUCCUAGUGCUUCUGAGAUAUCGAUUGUGUUCAGAGGGGAAGGAAUGAUUCGAGUGGUUAACAACCCUUCGUCUUCUUCUCCCAAAAACAAGAGUAAGAGCGAGAGAUUCAUGGUUGAAGAAGGGGAUGUUUUUGUUGUGCCACGGUUUUAUCCUAUGGCUCAAAUGUCUUUCGAAAACAGCUCAUUCGUGUUUAUGGGGUUUAGCACCACGGCGAAGGAAAAUUACCCCCAGUUUCUAGUAGGGCAGAGCUCGGUUUUGAAGGUAUUUGACCGGGAGGUACUUGCUACGUCUUUCAACUUGAGAAAUGAGACAAUCGAGAGAUUGCUAGGAGCUCAGAAAGAAGGCGUGAUUUUGGAGUGUGUGUCUUGUGCCGAGGUAGAGCUUACUAAGCUUAUGAGGGAGAUUGAAGAGAAGAAGAGACAUGAGGAGGAAGAAAUCGCGCGGAAAAGGAAAGAAGAAGAGGAGGCAAGGAAGAGAGAAGAAGAGAGAAAGAGAGAGGAAGAGGAAGCCAAGAGACGAGAGGAAGAGAAGAGGAGGCGUGAGGAGGAGGAAAUAGAGCGGGAAAGGAAAGCAGAAGAGGAAGCAAGGAAGAGAGAAGCAGAAAGAAAGAGAGAGGAGGAAGAAGCGAAGAGACGAGAGGAAGAGAAGAGGAGACGUGAAGAGGAAGAAACUGAGCGGAAAAAGAAAGAAGAAGAGGAAGCAAGAAGAAGAGAAGAAGAAAGAAAGAGAGAGGAGGAGGCAGCUAAGAAACGAGAAGAAGAAAGGAAGAGACGCGAGAAACAAGAAGAAGAGGCAAGAAAGAGAGAAGAAGAAAGGGAAAGAGAAGAAGCAGAAGCCAAGAGACAAGAGGAAGAGAGGAUAAGACGUGAGAAAGAAAAGGAGGAGGCAAGGAAAAGAGAAGAAGCAAGGGAAAAGGAAGAGGAAAUGGCAAAGAGACGAGAGGAAGAGAGGCAAAGGAAAGAGAGAGAAGAGGCAGAGAGAAAGAGACGCGAGGAACAAGAAAUGAAGAAACGUGAAGAAGAAGCGAGGAAGAGAGAAGAAGAAAGGGAAAUGGCAAAAAGACGAGAGGAAGAGAGGCAAAAGAAAGAGAGAGAACAAGCAGAGAGAGAGAGACGUGAGGAACAAGAAAGGAGGAGACGUGAAGAGGAAGCUAUGAAGAGAGAAGAAGAGAGAAAAAGAGAAGAAGAAGCAUCUAAAAGAGCAGAGGAAGAACGAAGAAGAAAAGAAGAAGAAGAGGAGAAACGAAGAUGGCCACCGCAGCCACAACCACCGACGACUGCCGGAGAAAAUGUGGCGGGGGAUGAGUCUUGA